ACCUCUGUACAAGGCAUAUUAUACUUCCUGUCCCUGACAUGGGUUGGGUUUUGUCCUCCAAAACGAUAUGCCAAACCCAAUCUCCAAUAGCAUCCCUUGCCUAUGUAAUUAGUAUAACAAGCAACCACAAGGGAGUAGCGUGGGGACAGACCCAACACGACUGGUGUCCUUGAAGAAGAGAAGAGAAGGUCUCUGGCUGCAGUGCCAAGAGCGGGAUCACCCAGAAGAUGACCUGGAGCCGGAAGCCAGGGAUUGUUCUAAGAAAAUGGCAGACAAGUCAGACAUGGGAGAAACUGCCAGCUUCGAUAAGGCCAAGCCGAAGAAAACGGAGAUGCAGGAGAAGAGCACCCUGCCAACCAAAGAGAUCACUGAGCAGGAGAAGAGGAGUAAAAUCCCCUAA